GAAAGUAUUCGCGCCAUGAAGGGUUUAUCGAUUACAUUCGUUUUGGCCAUAUUGGGCUUGGCCUCCGUUUCUUUGGCUUUGAAGGCCCGCUACGAUAACUACCACGUUUAUCAAUUGCAACCCAAGACUGCAGAACAAUUGGAACUUGUCAAGCAAUUGGAUGGUUCCCGCGAUUCGUAUAUUUUCUUGGAUGCUGUACAUUAUGUCAAUUCGAAAAUCCAUGUUGUCGUAGCUCCUCAUAGAGUACCUGAUUUCGUGAAAGCUUUGGAAAACUAUUCCAUUGCCUAUGAACUGAUGGAAACCAAUGUUCAAGCUCAUUUGGAAGAUGACAUUGUGGCCAAUCCCAACAGACGCAGUGACGAUUAUAGCUGGACGGAAUACCAUGAGUUGGAGGAUACUUACAAUUGGUUGCAUAGCUUGGAGCAAAAAUAUCCCGGUGUUGUUAGUAUCUUCAAGGCUGGUCGUACUUAUGAAGGUCGUGAUAUUUUGGGUGUUAAGAUCACCUAUGGACCCGGUAAAAAGGGUAUUUUCUUGGAAGGCGGUAUGCAUGCUCGUGAAUGGAUUGGACCCGCUACCACCACCUAUAUCCUUAACCAAUUGUUGAGCAGCACCGAUAAAGAAGUCCGCAUGAUUGCUGAAAGCUUUGACUGGUAUAUUGUACCACACGCCAACCCUGAUGGUUUUGUCUACACUCACACCACUGAUCGUUUGUGGCGUAAGACCCGUACUCCCUAUGAAAACGGUUGCUUCGGUGCUGAUCCCAAUCGUAACUGGGACUUCCAUUGGAACGAAAUUGGUGCCAGCGACAACCCUUGCUCUGAUACCUAUGCUGGUCCUUCUGCUUUCUCCGAAAUCGAAACCAAAACCCUUGCCGAAUAUAUUGCCACCGAAUUGAAGGGCAAAAUUUUCUUGUUUGUCUCAUUCCAUUCCUACUCGCAGUUGUUGUUGUUCCCCUAUGGUCACACCAAUGAAUUGCCACCAAACUACAACGAUUUGAAACGCGUGUUCGAUGUGGCCAUUGAUGCCGCGGCCGAACGUUAUGGCACAAAAUAUACUGGUGGUAACAUUUAUGAUGCCAUCUAUCCUGCUGCCGGUGCUAGUCUUGAUUGGGCCUAUGGUACCCAAGGUGUUAAAUAUGCCUACUGCUAUGAAUUACGUCCAUCCAGCUUGAACUUUUGGACUGGCUUCAAAUUGCCUGCUUCCCAAAUUAUUCCCACCGGUGAAGAGACUAUGGACUCAUUGAUGGCCAUGAUCAAGGAAGCCGGUAUUACGCAUUUCUUGUAA